AUGGCUGUAGAUGAUGAAAACAGAGAUGCAACUAAUCCUUUACUUACAAAUGAUAAUCAAGUAGAUUCAACAAUAAAAAUUAAUGAAAAUACAUAUAAAUCAUCGACAAUUUCAUUUGAAAAAAUAAAUUAUACAAUUCCUCAAACAGAACCGACGAAAAACUCUUCGAAAUGGUCAAAAUUAUUUUCAUGUAAUAAACAAAAAAUAAAUAGGCAAAUCCUUUCUGAUAUCUCAGGUGCUUUUACAACAGGCAUGAAUGCAAUUUUAGGACCAACCGGUUGUGGUAAAUCAACUCUACUUGAUAUUCUUGCUGAUCGAAAAGAUCAUCAUGAUUUGACAGGAAAUGUUCUUGUAUGUGGAAAACCUCGUUCAGCUAAUUUCAAACAUACUAUUGGUUAUGUUAUUCAAGAAGAUAUUAUCAGUGGAACAUUAACUGUUCGAGAAAAUCUAAUGUUUUCAGCUAAUGUUCGUUUACAACAUACACUUUCCGUUCAUGAAAGAAUCGAUCGAGUAAAUAAAAUAAUUCAUGAUUUAGAUCUUCAAUCGUGUGCUGAUACUUUUAUUGGUACUGAUUUAAUUCGUGGAAUAUCUGGUGGAGAAAAAAAACGAACAAGUAUUGGAAUGGAAUUAGUUCUUUUACCAAAUAUUUUAUUUUUAGAUGAACCAACAACUGGUCUUGAUGCAUCGACAGCACACAGUGUUAUGAAUUGUUUGAAUAAUUUAUCACGACAAGGACGUACAAUUAUUUUUUCUAUUCAUCAACCUCGUUAUUCAAUAUUUAAAUUAUUUGAUACUGUACUUUUCUUAUCAAAUGGUCAUAUUGUUUAUUUUGGUUUACCAAUGAAUGUUUUAUCGUAUUUUAAUUCUCAAGGUUUUCAAUGUGAAGAACAUGAAAAUCCAGCAGAUUUUGUUCUUGAUGUUUUACUUGAUACAAAUGGUCGUUCUUCGAAAAUACUUCAACAUUCGUAUCUUCAGUCAACAAUGUAUUCAGAUAAUAUGUCGUUAAUAAAAUCUACAAUAAAUGAAAAUCAUAUUGAUGAUUCACAUUUAUUGAAUGAAAAUAUAUCUCGAUCAUUUACAAGUGAAUUUUAUUAUGUUGCACAACGAACAAUUCGAAAUGCAAUAAGAAAUCCUGAAUUAACUGCUUCUCAAAUUCUUAUUUCUACGGCAUUAGGUCUUCUUACUGGAUUACUUUUUUAUAAUAUGAAAGCAACAGUUCAUCCGGGUGUAUCAAAUCGUAUUGGAGCUAUCUUCUUUUUUGCAACACAUCAAAUAUUAUGUACAGCGAAUGCUUUAGAACCAUUAAUAAAAGAACGAGUAUUAUUUAUUCAUGAAAAUGCUAGUGGAUAUUAUCGUGUGAUAACAUAUUUCUUAGCAAAAAUAAUAUGUGAUCUAAUUCCAUUGCGUCUUAUACCUUCAUUUAUUUUUUCAAUUAUUUCUUAUCCUCUUAUGGGUUUUCAACGAUCCAUUCAUCGAUUUCUUAGAUUUUUCGUAGCAAUAUUUGUAUCAUCAGUAUUUGGUUCAGCUCUAUGUUUUUUUAUUGCAGCUUGUAUUCCAACAUUUGCUGUUGCAUUAAUUAUUACUAUACUUAUUUUUGCUACUAUGAUGGUUGUUAGUGGUUUUCUUGUUGAUUUAGACAGUAUCUUUUCUUUUCUGCAAUGGAUUAAAUGGAUUAGUGCUAUUCGUUAUUCUUCUAAUUUAUUAACUAUAAAUGAAUUUCAAGAUUUAACAUUUUGUUUAUCAAAUAAUACUCACAUAUGUCCAUUACAAGGUGAGCAAAUAUUAAUAGAACGUAAAAUUCCAUAUAUUACAGAUUGGGAUGUAUGGAAAAAUGUAUUUAUGAUGAUAUUAAUGGCUGUUGUAUGUUUAAUUAUGGCUUAUAUUCAAUUGUUACGUAUAAAAAAAGUAAAAUAA